UUCUCGGUCUAAAGCUCCUGCCUGCAAGAUACUGGCUUUUGUUAUCAAGAAACUGUUUUUUGCAAGAUACUUGUUCCCCUAUUGAGAAACCUUGGGAAAGGAAAAGUUUUUAUUAGUGGAUAUUGGUACAACUUAAAACAAUCUAACAGCUUUAUUACCAACACGUAUAAUUUCAUGUAGCUGUUUCCUGUUUACUUUUUGCGAGUCGGUCUAACAUCAUGGUCCUGACAAGGCAAAGAUGUAGAGAGCUGGUGGAUAGCCAACAGUCACAGCCCCAAUUGACAUCUCAACGUGCCUUACAGCCCAAAAUUACUUCCUUCUUCUCGCAUGAGCUUGCUCCCAGCAUCCAGGAACAGACAAGAACUUCGGCGGAAUCGCCCAACGCGUCGACACCAUUAAUAAUGGACUGGUCAAUAAACCAUUUUGAUGAAUAUACUCCCUUGAGAGAGGACUCCUACUCUACCCCUCUUAAUGUUGAACUGGCAGAAGCUGACUUACUAACUAGAGGAAAUUCAUUUAAUUGUCCUCAAUCUCCACGUCCCCAGCCUUCUCAUCCAUCUCCUAUUUUAUCUUCCUCUUUGAACAAGAGCACGAUGAAUGAGGAAUCUGUGUCGUCCCUACCCUUCGCCAGCAGCACGGGUCCUUUAUUACUGGUCCUCGAUGAACUUAACUCGAUGAAGUCCUUCUUUGCUGAAUGCAAUGCCCUUCUAAAGACUCUGACACUAACAGCUAAAAAACUUGUGACAAAUAACUCUCCACUCCCAGUGGAUGAUACAAAUAAAUUAAAUAAAAAGGAAAGGAUAAAGAUCGACGAUCCAGUCAUCCAUCCAGCUCAACGCAAGAAAUGAACAUAAAAAUACAGUUGAUAGCUUCAUGAAAGAAAUCAAAAGCAAGGAGGAGGAACACAAGCUUGAACAAAGAAAGUUGCACUAUGAC